AUGGGACAUUUCGCAUGGAUUAAAAAUCUAUCGCAGUUAGUGAGCAAGCAGCUGAAUGCUCACAACGGUCGAAAAUACAUCUGUGAUCGAUGCCUUCAUUAUUUUUCAUCUCAUGAGAAGCUCCAAUUACAUGAGGUGGAUUGUGGCGAGAUGAACGAUUGCGCGAUUCUGCCGCCUAAUGCACAUGACAAAUGGUUGGAAUUUAAGAACGUGAAUCGAAAGGAGCUUCUACUGUUCAUCGUGUAUGCCGACCUCGAGUGCAUUUUGAAAAAAACCACGGCUGAAGAUAUGGACCGCAAUAAAUAUCAACAUCACCAAGUCUUCAGCGUAGGAUACUACGUCAACUGCUCCUAUGACGAAUCAUUGUCGGGGUACCACACACAUCGGGGCGAGGACUGCGUUCAAUGGUUCAUACGUAGACUAGAACAAUUGGCAAAACAAGUAACUACCAUUUUAUAUACCAUCAUUCCGAUGAAAGAAUUGACUCCGCAAGAGUGGCGAAAAUUCCGAGAAAAUACGGAAUGUCAUAUCUGUGAGAAACCAUUCGUACAGGGUGAUAUUCGAGUACGCGAUCAUUGUCAUUUAACAGGCAAAUUCAAAGGUCUAGCGCAUCAAGACUGUAAUUUAAAAUAUCAAGAGUCUUUCUUCAUCCCCAUAGUUUUCCAUAAUUUGUCGGGCUACGAUGCUCAUUUUAUCAUCAAAGAAGUAGCUACGGCGUUCAAGGGGAAAACUGAUUUACUACCUAUAACGAAAGAAAAAUUUCUGAACACAAGUUUUGAUAAAUUAGCAUCUUUCUUGACUCCUGAUCAACUAACGGUUUUAAAAUCUAAAUUCCGAGACAUCGAUAAUUUCAAUCUGUUAACGCGAAAAGGUGUAUUCCCAUACGAGUACAUCGAUAGCUUUGACAGACUGGAGGAAACGGCACUUCCACCGCGAGCAUCAUUCUAUAGUUCUUUAACCGAUUCAACGGUAUCGGAAAAUGAGUACGCUCAUGCUUUGACCGUUUGGGAGCGAUUUUCCACUCAAACACUUGGAGAAUACAGUGAUUUAUAUUUAAAAACCGAUGUUUUAUUGCUAGCUGACAUUUUUGAACAUUUUCGUAACACCUGUUUGAAAAGUUACGGUCUCGAUCCCGCAUAUUAUUAUACACUUCCUGGAUACACCUGGGAUGCAAUGAUGCGAUACACAAAGAUCAGAUUCGAAUUGCUCACAGAUAUUGAUAUGGUCUUAUUUAUGGAAAAAGGCAUUCGUGGAGGUCUAAGGCAAUGCAGUGGUAGAUAUGCCCGCGCCAAUAAUAAAUAUGUAACGAAAGAGAUAUACCUUCGUUAG